GCUCGCGGGCUCCGGCAGCUGCACCUGCUACUCCGGCUUUCUCCUCCGGGCGAGCGGGACGAGCGCUGCGCCCCGGGUCUUCCUCCGGGGUGGGGGGGGAGCCGGCGCAAUGGAGCCGUUGGCGCUGGCGCUCGGGAUAGCGGCUCUGCUGGGACUGUCUUCUGCUGUCUUGGAAGUGGAAGUUGGACAAACGUCAGUGACAGUGAUCCAAGGACAGCAGGCCAUACUUCCGGUCUCAUACACGUCCACCAGUGUCAGCGCACCUUUUGUCACCUGGCACCGGGAAAGACCCGGGGAACGUUUGCAGAUCCUGGCCUUUAUGUAUGACACACCGAAAGUGGAAGACCCCGAUCUCAAGCAGCGCCUUGGAUUUUUGUUCCGUAUGCCUUCUCACAAUGUCUCCCUUGUAAUUAAUAAUACCAAAGAAAUGGAUUCCGGCCAAUAUAUGUGCACCGUGAACGUUCCGGACGACAGUACGGUGAAGGGAAGAAACAUUGGACUUGUUAACCUCACCGUUCUAGUCCCACCAUCUCCGCCAAAGUGUCGGAUUCAAGGCAGCACCCAGGUUGGAGGCAACGUUACCAUGUCCUGCAAAUCUGCUUUUGGAAAACCAGUCCCAGUUUACCAUUGGCACCAGACUGAGCCCCGCUUCCAGGUUUUCUUUGCACCCACACAAGACACAAAGAAGGGGCUCCUGACGCUGACCAAUCUGACUAUCGAGAUGUCUGGGGUGUAUCUCUGCAACUCCUCCAGCAUAGCUGGCCAUUCCAACUGCACACUCAGUCUGGAAGUACAACCACCGUUCAAUACAGCGGUGGUGGCUGGUGCAGUCGUGGGAACCCUCAUUGGACUUGGCCUGAUCAUAUUUUUUACACUCCAGAUGUUUAUCUACCGAAAGAAAAAGAAGGAAGCCCAAGAGGAUGUAGCCAAUGAAAUCAAGGAAGAUGCUGUAGCUCCCAAGACACUCUCCUGGAUGAAAAAUUCCUGCACUGAUGGACUCUCCAAAAAUGGAACACUGUCAUCCAUGAACACAACCCGGGAUCAGAAAUUAUAUCCAGUCCGCCCCCCCUCGGACACUGCUUCCAUCACCACUGCUGCAGGAAGCAUGGUGGGCUUCAAGGGCCCUUUCAGCGACCCCAGAAAUGGGACUCUCACACCGACACCCAGCCUUUCCAGCCAAUCGCUGCCCCUCUAUUUUCCGCCAGUGAUUAAUGGGGUCCAGUGCCAUCAUGCCAAUGUGCCCAUCCACAGGAAUAACCUCCACCGGACAAACAGGGCUCAGCCACAGGCCCCCCAGCAGCAGGAGCCCCCUCUCCCCACUACUCAAGGGCUAACGGCCUCCACUCUGAAUCGUAUGGGAGCAGUGCCUGUCAUGGUCCCUGCUCAGAGCCAGGCAGGGUCUUUGGUGUAAAUGUGGUGUAACUCCAUAGCUCUCGGUUUGACUCAUCACAAGCAUUGACGAGAGACAGGCGUACAUUGUGCUGCUUCGCCAGCCUGUCUGCAGAGGCCCAGGGUCUGUGUGUGGGGUGGGGCUUGGAUUUGUUCUUCAAGUGACCAAAUGUCAAGACUUUGCCGUAAGUGAGACCUUAUUGGGACUUCUGAAAUGGACUUCUUUUGGGGCGGGGGGGGGGGGGGAACCAGAAGAGCUUCUGUUUAUCUGUCCAGUCUUAUUCUUCUUGGUGCCCCAGCCCCAUUCCAUCUUCUCUGGGAAUCUACCUAACAGAGACUAGGUUUAACUGGGUAAAAAAGAAAGUUUGUUCUCUAACAUGACUCUUAAUGUUGAAGGAGAGAGGCAGGCUGUGGUUUACUCUCUUGGCUUAGAACAGUGGUUCUCAACCUUUUUAAUGCCGCGACCCCCAAC